GCGAAGAGGCUCUCAGAAGCAUUGAGUCUACAGCACAGCGGAGCAGGAUACCUCUCUGCUGGUCGCGUAGAUCCGUGGCAUGAGAAGCGCUCUUCUCGUUCUUCUCUGCGUGAAGGGCUGCCUGGGAGAAAGUCUAGAGGAAUAAAAAUCGACGCCAUUUCUCUGCCCCGUUUCCUCUCCAUUUCCUCUUUUCUUUGUUUUGAACCAGCAGAGUGCCCCGAGAGCCGAGCAGAUCAUCACAACAUCAACCUCUGGGGACACCGUGGCAGUAUUUCGCAACAAUCCGCAACCUCAACGCGACACACAAGGAACUUCUGACCAGGAGAUCUGCAGCCCGUGAGCGUCCCUGACAGACAGAGGUCCUCCUUUCCCCAACGCCCCCUCCACAUUCGAGCAUGUGUGUGUGAGGAGGCUAAUGCCCCCCGUAGGGUGGCCAGUGCAAGAGGAGGAUGAGUCCGGCUGUGGAGGCUCAGGCCCAGGAGGCCACGGAUGCAGAGCAGAAGCAGCAGCAGCAGCAGCAGCAGUGCUACAUGGAGAAGGGAGUGAUGCUUGAGCCCUUUGUGCACCAGGUGGGGGGUCAUUGCUGCGUCCUGCGCUUCGGGGAGCAGACCAUCUGCAAGCCCCUCAUUCCCCAGGAGCAUCGGUUCUACAAGACUCUUCCCGCUGCAUUGAGGAAGUUCACCCCACAGUACAGAGGUGUUGUGUCAGUCAGCUUCGAGGAGGAUGAAGAAGGGAAUCUUUCCCUCAUCGCCUACCCCCUGCACAGCGACCUGCCGGCUGACGUCGAAAACAAAGACCCCUCCGCCGAUUGUGAUCCCAAGAGGAAGAUGCUCCACUGGGGCCAAAUGGUCACGUCAGCGCAGAUUUUGGAAAGCGAAAUCUACAGCAAGGACAGCCGAGGACACCACUUUCAAAAAGACCAGGACAAGAGGUGGCACUCGCUGCAGGACUACCUGGAGAUGGAGCAGCCGAAGCAGGACGUGCUGCACUACAGCCUGGAGCACAGUCACAGUAACACCGCCCCGCAGCUCAAACACAACCCCUUGAUCCUCAAGUAUCAGCAGCAGCAUCUGCGGCUCAUGAAGGAGAACGCCAAGCACCACAACCAGUACAAGUUCAUCUUGCUGGAGAACCUGACCUGGCGGCACACGAUACCGUGCGUGUUGGACCUGAAGAUGGGAACGCGGCAGCACGGAGACGACGCCUCUGAGGAGAAGAAGGCCAUACGCAUCCGCAGGUGCCAGCAGAGCACAUCAGCCACCUUAGGGGUCCGCCUCAGUGGGAUGAAGGUGUACCACUCUGACUCUGGCCAGUUCAUAUUCAUGAAUAAGUUCCACGGCCACAAACUGACCGUGGCAGAAUUCAAAGAGGCUCUGUUCAAGUUCUUCCACAGCGGCCGGCAUCUGAGGCGGGAGCUGCUCUCGCCGGUGCUGAGCCGGCUCAGGGAGUUGCAGGCCAGCCUGGAGUCCUGCGAGUCGUACCGCUUCUACUCCAGCUCCCUGCUCAUCAUCUACGACGGUGCGCAGCGCAGACGACAUUUCUCCAGCACCGAAGACGGGCUCUCUGACGGCAAGGAGGAGGACAACGACGACGAGGAAGAAGUGGAAGCUGAGCCUAAAAUGGACGAGGACGAGGAGGAGAGCGAAACGGAGGGCGCGUCCGGCUUUCCUCACACCCCGGCGUCAUCUGGCGACAGCAGCAGCAGCAGGUCCAGCAUCAGCCAGUCCCGCUCGGACCUCCUCAGCCCCGUGGUGGAUGUGAGAAUGAUUGACUUUGCUCACACCACCUGCAGACAUUACCGCGAGGACAGCGUGGUCCACGAGGGCAAGGACAGCGGCUACAUUUUCGGCAUCCAGAACCUGAUCACCAUCAUCUCUGAGCUGGAGAACCACUGCACAGACUGAGCGGCGAGACGAAAAACACAUUCAGGCUCCAAGCCGCAGACUCAGACCCUCGGUCCCUGGAGGGAACUGCUGUAGCCGUUUCUUUACCUCCUCCUGUUUUCACCAUUGAUGCUUUUUUUGUUUGUUUGUUUGUUUUGGUGCUACCGUUGGGACUGAAUAACUGCAAAGAACCGUCUUUGUGAACGUCCCGUUUUAACCCCAGCAACCAAUAAGAAGAAGGGGACGGCCGUGGAUACAAAGCCAUCGAAACGUCUAAGAUCAGCAGGUGUUCUCGUGUCAGGUUUCCAAAGAAAGUGUCAUUUUGCACACGCGCAUGCUCUGAAAGGGGAGCAACGUUUGAACUGAAACAGGGAGAAGCAGAGGACGGAGAAUGUGAGGAGGGAAGCGGCUUUGGUUCUUCUACAUCCUCAUCCUGCCGUCGUCGUCUCCUAAAGCGAAACAAAUCCCAGAGAGUUGAUAGAGAGAUAUUGAUUUAUUUCAUUCGUUUUGUAAAGUAAACUAAAAAGGUCAACAAGAAAAAAAAAAGAAUAUGUAUGGAGCACAUUCCAUAUUAUUAAUGUUAAAGUAAUGAUAUUGAUUAAUAUUAUUUGGCAUGGUUGGAUACCUCUCCCUUGUUGGUUUGUUUGUUUGUUUUUUCCUGCGUUGUCCACGAUUUGUUGGAGGGGAAUUAAAACCUUUGUGGUAGCA